CAAGAGAGCUCCAGCACCUCCUGAACUGAGCACAACUUCCAACAGGAAUCUCAUCAUGAGUGUAAGGAUCAAGAAGAACAGGAAAUCUGGACUUUAUUUCUCCUCUGUAGGCUUCACCAGCAAGUCCAUGGGAUCCAACCCGGUUCGCAAAUCCAGCACCACAAACAAUGUGGUUCCCAUUAAACCUGUCACCAUAAACAAGAGCCUCCUUACUCCUCUGAAGACCGACAUCGAUCCUGAAGUCCAGGCUCGGCGUACACAGGAGAAGGAGCAAAUUAAAGGUCUGAAUGACCGCUUUGCAUCACACAUCAAAAAGGUCCAACUGCUGGAGCAACAGAACAAGAUGCUGGAAACCAAGUGGCAGCUCCUGCAGAGUCAGGCAGCCUCUUCCUCCAGUACUGAGAUCAUGUAUAAAGCCUUCAUCGCCAACCUGCAAAAACAGCUGGAAGGCCUCCACAGCGACGGCAAGCGUUUAGAGGCGGAGACGAGUACCUGGAAUGUUGCGCUGGACAAAUUCAAAUCAAAGUAUGAAGAAGAGACCAGCAAGAGGAGUGAGUCAGAGAUUAGCUUUGUAGAACUCAAAAAGGAUGUGGAUGCAGCAUUCAACUCUAAGGUGGAACUAGAAACCAUGUUGUCAGAGCUUAAUGAAGAAUUCAACUUACACAAAGCUGUUCAUGAUGCUGAGAUGAGAGAGCUACUGGGCAGCCUGAAGGACACCUCCGUGGUGGUGGAGAUGGACAACUCCCGCAGCCUUAACAUGGACCAGAUUGUGUCUGAUGUUAAGGCUCACUAUGAGGAAAUUGCUGCUCAGAGCCGUGAAGAAACAGAACGUUGGUACAGGACAAAGUUUGACCUGAUGACAACCCAAGCAAACCAGUAUGGUGCUGACCUGAACUCCACCAAGGUGGAAAUAGCAGAAAUGAACCGGCUGAUCAGUCGCCUGCAGCAUGAAAUUGAUGUUAUAAAACCACAGUGUGGCAGCAUUCAGAACAGCAUUAAUGAGGUGGAAUCAAAUGGGGAACAAGCUGUGCUGAACGCUAAAAACCGCAUCAAGGGCUUGGAGAAAGCUUUGAUGGAAGCCAAACACGCCAUGGCUAAGCAGAUCAGGGAAUACCAGGAACUUAUGAACAUCAAGCUGGCCCUGGAUAUCGAGAUUUCCACUUAUAUGAAAUUGAUGGAAGGAGAGGAGGACAGAUUUGGACAGAAGACUGUGGUUAAUAUCCGCUCAGCACCCAUCAGACAUGUGAGCUCAGAACCCAUCAAACAUGUGAGCUCAGAACCCAUCAAACNUGUGAGCUCAGAACCCAUCAAACAUGUGAGCUCAGAACCCAUCAAACUUGUGAGCUCAGAACCCAUCAAACAUGUGAGCUCAGAACCCACUCAAACUAACCAUCAGCGGCGGAGGUCAGGACCGAUUCUCAUCAAAGUGGUAGAGACCCAUGACAUCUCAUACAACUAAAGCAGAACAGACUGCAGCGCACAGGCCACCCGCAUCCCCAGUCUUUGUAACCCACACUGAUAAAUAACAUCAGUGGAAAGAGUCGUCUGUAUUUGUUUGUGUCUCAUUGUGUGUCGAAACUCUGAUCAACCUUCACAGCCUUGAAAAUAGUUCGCCCUGAAUUUUCCAUCUGAAAUAAUGAAAGAAUAUAAACUUGCCCAUGCUAAGGUCCACUGCCACUGUUUCCUUUUCAUUGCUUACUGUGUGUGAAAAACAUUAAACGAAUUU